CAGUCAGUUUCUCUUAUCUAAUGACAAUAUUUGAGAAAGUCAGUGAAUUUGCAGAAUAAUAUUUGUGUUAGAGGAGGUUUUUCUGCACAGUCAUGAUGUGCCUGUAUUUAGUUAAGCUCCACAUAAUAGCCCUGUAAAGCACAACUCAUGUCUUUCCAGUUUGACCGUGAAACUGUCAAACGUUUAGCUUCAGCUUAAAUAAUAAUGAAGUCGUGUCCAAUUCCAGUCCCUUUGAGCCGAUUACCUUUGGCUUUAAUUACAGCUCCAAGCCUUUCAAAUUAGAUCUUAUUACUAUUGCACACCUUAAAAUAGUUCACGCUCAGUCAGCUUGGAUCUUGAUUUGCAUUCAACUCUGUCAGACUUUAAUUUUUCAUCUUCUCUCCAGUUUGGGUUGAUGUGUGACAUUUAAAGCUUCAGAUGUGUUUAGUAUAAAGUGCGUAAUUCACAUACAGUAGCUUGUGUAUAAUCUCACCCUAAUUUUAACUUGCCCAAAACUUUGAGCCUGACCUUCCUCUUUCUUUGUGAUGCCAUUUGUUGUCUAAUAUGAAAUUAGACUCAAUCAACCUGACACCCAAAACUAAAAUCAUAUAGUACAAAUGUUGCUUGUUGAAAGUCCUGCACAAUAAAUCUGGGUGCCUUUUGCCACUGGUGCACUUUGUGUUGGUGGGCCUGGCUCUGCUCACCUGUCAGCAGCUAAUCUAUGAUUUCAUUUUAUCACACUCUGUAGCAAAGUUGAAGGACUCAAAAGUACACAAACUGGCAGACGAAUUAGGGGAGAAGACAACAGGAAGCCUUCCAAAACUUUCAUUCUUACGAAAUACAAAGUAAUUCGGACUCUGAGCAAGUCGAGCUCGGUGGAACUUCAUUUGACACAGAGGACGGUAGCCAAACCCAUAAUUUAAAAAAAAAAAAAUUAUUUUUGUGUCCGUCAUAUUAAAUAUCCAUUAUCGCAAUGUCUGAACUCUAAACAGGGAGAGAUAAAAGUAAGUUUUAUCUCCCAUGGAUUACAAGGAAUAGGCUUGUCAAAGGGCAUGUAGGUGUGGUCUGCAACGCUUACACCACCUUCCCCUUUGUACAGUCUAAAGGCGUGCUGUGAUUUUGAGUUUCCUGCCAGGUGGCCGACGCUGCAGACUUUGACUGCAAACAGACAUCAUAAAAGCAUUUUUUUUUCUGCUUCUACCUGUUUCUGCGCACUUUAACCAUGUGGCUUUAUAAUUUUUUGCUGAGCUUUGACCUGAAGGGGCUAUUUUUGUUUGUUUUAUUAUUUCUUCUCAUUGCUGAUUACCUGAAGAACAGGAAACCAUCAAACUUUCCUCCAGGACCAAGAGCUCUUCCCUUUGUGGGAAAUAUCUUGACUUUGGACAGCAAGCAUCCACAUGUUUAUUUCACCAAGCUGGCUGACCUCUAUGGCAGCGUCUUCAGAGUCCGCCUAGGCUGGGAUACGUUGGUGAUUGUGAGCGGACAUAAGAUGGUGAAAGAGGCCAUUGUGACGCAAGCUGAGAACUUUGUGGAUCGGCCGUACAAUGCAGUGGCUGACAGGUUUUACACUGAGCCCUCAGCUGGUCUAUUCUUGAGCAACGGCGAAAAAUGGAAGAGACAGCGACGUUUUGCUUUGUCUACCUUACGUAACUUUGGCCUGGGGAAGAACAUGCUGGAGCUCAGCAUCUGUGAGGAGAUCCGACACCUGCAGGAGGAAAUAGAGAGCGAGAAAGGUAAACCUUUCAGCCCAGCAGGCCUCUUCAACAACGCUGUGUCCAACAUCAUCUGCCAGCUUGUCAUGGGAAAGAGAUACGACUACACUGACCACAGGUUUCAGAUGAUGCUGAAGUCCAUGUCUGAGGUGAUUUGGCUGGAGGGGAGCUUUUGGGGCGAACUCUAUCAGGCAUUCCCCAGCGUGAUGAAAUAUUUGCCAGGUCCUCACAACAAAAUCUUCAGCAUUUACAACAAUAUACAAGAUUUCCUUCAAGAGGAAAUACAAGAGCACAAGAAGGAUUUGGACCACAACAACCCUAGAGACUACAUCGACUCUUUUCUCAUUGAGAUGGAGAACCAAAAAGACUCCAACCUGGGCUUCACAGAGAACAACCUGGCUUUCUGCUCCCUUGACCUCUUCCUAGCAGGAACAGAGACAACAGCCACCACGCUGCAGUGGGCUCUGAUUUUUCUGAUUAAAAACCCCGAUGUCCAAGAGAAAGUUCAGGCAGAGAUUGACAGAGUGAUCGGACAGAGUCGCCAGCCCUCCAUGACCGACAGACAGAACCUGCCGUACACUGACGCUGUGAUCCAUGAGAUCCAGAGGAUGGGAAACAUUGUUCCUCUGAAUGGAUUCAGGGUCGCUGCCAAUGAUACAACUCUGGGUGGAUACUUCAUACCAAAGGGAACAUCUGUGAUGCCCAUGUUGACAUCUGUACUAUUUGACAAAUCUGAGUGGGAAACUCCAGACACCUUCAAUCCCGGACACUUCCUGGAUGCCGAUGGGAAGUUUGUGAAGAGGGAAGCUUUCCUCCCGUUCUCUGCAGGGAAACGUGUGUGUCUUGGCGAAGGCCUCGCCAGGAUGGAGCUGUUCCUGUUUUUGGUCGCCUUACUGCAGAAAUUCUCUUUCUCUGUUCCUGAUGGAGUCGAGCUGAGCACCGAAGGAGUCACCGGAGCGACGCGCGUACCUCACCCCUUCACAGUGUCAGCGAAGGCUCGCUGACAGAUCCGCCAUUACUGUUUGUUCUCAAGAGAAGAACAAAUACAACGCAGAAAAAGCUCUUAAACGUCUUAGCUGUGCUUCUCAGCAAGACUCUGAGUGGCUGCAUCUCUACUUUAUAAUCUCGGUGAUGGUUUUACGUAACAAUAUAUGUUAGUAGCAAACAAUGCAAUUAACUGUGGCAAGAAAUCCUAGAUGGCAGACAAAAAAACAAUUCCCAAGACAUUAAAAUACUCUAGUUGGUUACAAAAUAUCUCAAAUGGUGCAGUAAAGAUCUACAAACAUGUAAUUUGAUAUGUUUCCUGCUGCGUUGAAUUAAUAAAGCAGAGAGAUGAAA